AGAGUCAUUCGAAAAAUUUUUACGAAUCGAGGAAGGCACGGGUACGUCCGGAUUUUAGCGCGAUUUCGUGUGUGUUUGGUUGCCACUCGAGUGUAAAGAAAUUUGUACACCCCCCAAAUAAAGUCGCGAGUGCAAUUUUUGUAAAUACGAAGCGAAAAGUGUCUGGAAUAUAAAUAGUCAUAUUAAUUCCAUGUGUGCAUAUAAACAGCAUUUUUCUAGUGUCAAACCAGUUUGAAAAGUUCGAUUAUAUAUAUAGAUAAAUAUAUAUAUAUGUAUGUGUGCUGCCGCCUGUUCUAAUCAUUAAAUCAAUAAACAAAACUGGAAGCGAUUAGCUGAAAUCACAACAACAGCCAAUUCUACAUAACAAAUCAACGGGAAAAUGAAGCCAAAGCAGAAGAUUUCCGUAGAGCCGCUCUUGCUCCUCGCAAUUCUACUUGGAAUUCUGGUAGCCGCCACCCACGCUCAAGAUCAGAAAAUCGUGAAACCAUCGGCGGCAGCGCCAUCACCAGCAGCCUCUCGACCCCGGGAUGAAAUCUAUAUCGAUGAUGAUAGCAACGAGGGCUCAGGCGGACAUGGCGGGAUACACGAAGAUCUAGAGAAAGAACCAGACUAUUCUGGCUCCGGUUUUGGACCCGAUGACGAGGACGCCGAACCCGACCAGCAUUCGCACAGUUCGCACAACACGCGCAUCUCGCAGAACGGCAACGCCGGCAUAAACACAGCUCAUACACCAACACUACCCUCAUCCACAAUCUCAACAACAUCGAGUUCGACACCAACGCCUACAACAACCACCUCCACCACAACGGCAGCCACAACAACGCCAUCAACAACCUCUACAACCCAACAACCCUCUGUUAAUGCCAAUACCACAACGACCACAACAACAGCACCGACGAUCCCCACAUCCACACUACCCAAUCAGCCCAUAUUCCCACCUUUCGAUAAGGAUCUCGAUUCGGAGGCCAGUGGCGAUGGAAACGAUUCAGAUAUCGAUGACAACGAGGAUGACGAUGUGGAUGAUAAAGACGACUAUGACUAUAACAAGGAGUUGGACAAAGAAAUUGAUAUCGAUGGUCCCGGAUCUGUUCCUCAGCAACCGAGCAUUCCACAACACACUGAUGGUGACGAUAGAAUUUUCACCACAGAUGAAAUCGAUGUGGAUGGCGCCGAUGAGGAUGAAGUUGUGGAUAGCGAUGUCGGUGGUCCGAGAAUCGGUGGCAACGAUGGAGAUAUUACAGAGCGCGGACCGGGCGCAGGCGGUAGCAACGUGCACGAAUUGGACCCCAAUACGAACGUGAACAGCCAGCCCUCCGACACGAAGGGCAUCGAUCACAGGCCCAACGGCAACGAGGUGGUCAUCAUGAGCGAGGACGAUCGCACGUCGAGCUUCUUCUCGCAGCCCGGAAUUCUGGCUGCUGUUAUUGGCGGUGCCGUCGUCGGCCUGCUCUGCGCCAUACUCGUGGUGAUGUUCAUCGUGUACCGCAUGAGGAAAAAGGACGAGGGAUCCUAUGCGCUGGACGAGCCCAAGCGGUCGCCGGCCAACAAUUCGUAUGCGAAAAACGCGAAUAAUCGCGAGUUCUACGCCUGAGAUAAUGGCACGGCGCGCAGGUAUUAAGUUGACCACAAGUGCAGGAACAAGCUGUGAGGACGGACGACGGGAGUGCGGAAAACUGGACGGAGGCGGAGCGACUGGGUUUGGCAAGGCUCAACUGAAUACACUGUGCGGAGUGGGGUUGCACCAUCAUCGGCAGUCCACUGGAACAAGAAUAACUCAUCCGCAGCAGCAGCUACAAAACAAACACAAAAUCAAUUGAAAAUUCCGAAACAUUUUCAGAAAAAACACACACAAUUUUUCGUGAGGGGUAAAUAAAACUAAAAUACAAAAAAAAACAACACAUAAACAACAAAUCGGCAAAAAGAAAAUGGAAAAAAAUUGAAAACUUACCUGUAAGUUAAUGCAAAAUACACACACACAGACGGACAAGCGUUUCUCUCUGCGUGUGUGGGUGUGUGUAUGCGACUUUUCUAAUUAAGUAAGUUUUAAGCGACAAAAAGAAACAAAAAUAUCAAAUAUAAUUGCAAAUAAAUCAUGCGAAAUUUAAUAUAUAAAUAAUAUAUUAUAUAUAUAUAUAUAUAUAAAUAGUGAAACCAAUAUAAGGGCGGGCAAAAUUAAGCAAAUUAAUUAUGAAUUACGAGUAUGUAGAGCAAAAGCAGAAGGAGCAGGAGCAAAUUGAAUAAUAACUAUAAUAAUACACACACACACGCGCAUCCAACUACAUAGAUGUAAAAGGCAACUUUCGUGCAUAUUGAAUAUAAAUGUAUGGAUUAUAUAUGUUAGCUGAAUAACGAAAGCGAAUUGGAUACAUCACGAUUAUCACUCAACUCUCGAUAGACCCCCUCGUCGAACCACCCACACACCCACACUUUAACACACUCUUUAUUUCAACAAUCAAUUUUUAAACAAAGUCCAAUGAAAACAAUUAUAACUAUAAAUUGUGCGGCACAUAGCAAACGGAAAUCGAUGCAUAAAUGUUUUUAAGUUAUACAUAAGCAAAACUAUGUAAUUAUUAGUGUAAUUCCUAAAACAAACAAAACAAAAUGAAAACAAAAAUCGAAAAAUCGAAAAAAUACUAAAUGAAGCAAAAAACAGAUUUAUGAACACUGUGAACCUUCCUGGCAACUAAAAACAAACAGAAUUGAAAUGAAAAUAACUAUUUCUACUUUUUUCUAGAAAACACAAAACCAUGAAUUUUUUAUUGAAAUGAAGUUAAAAUUGAAAUUGGAACAUGAUUACGAAUACGAAUACGAAAUGAAAUGAGAAAGCAAUUGUACAUUAAUUUAGGUUUCCACUUGGGUUUUAGAGUUAUUCGAGAUUUCCUUCGCUUGACUCAACUGCUUCUUCCAUGGCUAAGAAUCAAAAUCGGAUUAACGCAUUAAUUAUUGUGCAUUUAUUUAGUUUUUACGUUCGCUGUCAAUGACAAUUGUUUAGUUUUGCAAGCAAAAUACAAAGCGAAUUACGAACGACAAGAACAACAACAGCCACAGAUCAUAAACACCAUGCAAUAGUGAAAAUUAAUUGUUAAGUUUACAAGGAAAAUUCAAUUAAAUUAAAGCGAAAGCAGUCCAGCAACAAAUGUUAUACUCACCCAAAACCCAGAACACACCCCCGUACACAAACCAACCAAUUAGCUGCAAUACUUGUUUAAUUGUUAGUCAACCAAUAUUCUCUCUCCAACUCUCAUGCCAUAUUUUCAUUGCGAAAAGAAAGUUAUGAAACAAAAAAA